AUGGUUGUCGCAGCUGUCAGUUUUUAUUACCUUUUUUGGGUCGUUUUGGGUGUUGGGUUGCUUCCUGGGCUGGUGGUGUCUGGAAAGAGGAAAUCUGAUGGGUUUUUAGAAAACAUUAAACAUCAGCUGAAGGUUAAUUGGAUGACGCUUCAAGGAGUUAAUUUUGUCUUUUGUAUCUAUUACAGAGCCAUUGGCAUAAUUAAUUUAAAGAAAGCCUAG